ACGAGGAGCAAUUCAAGAAAUCAUUACGAAUGCCCCUUUCACUGUUCAACGUAUUGCACGAAUUGCUGGAGAAUUCAUUAAAAAAACAUUCAAUCAGGACUCCAAUAUCUUCCCAAUGCAGAUUAUUUAUAACACUAUUAUAUUUGGCUCACGGUGGUACCCGACAAUUUCAUACGCUCGUACAUAGAAUGGGAUUAACCACAUUCAGAAGAAUAACACUUGAAACAUGUGAGGUAAUAUGGAAUUCGCUGUCAGAACUUUAUGUAACGACACCUACCGAAACGGAGUGGAUACGUAUUGCAAAUGAAUUUAAAUUAAUGUGGAAUAUGCCCAACUGCAUCGGCGCCAUAGAUGGAAAGCACAUCAACAUAACUUGCCCUUCGAACUCAGGUUCGAUGUUUUAUAAUUAUAAAGGCAAUUACAGUAUCGUACUUAUGGCAAUAUGUGACGCCAACUAUACGUUUACAUGUGUUGAUAUUGGGGCAUACGGCAGCCAAAGCGAUGGCGGUAUUUUCCAAUUUUCGAAAAUUUCGGAAGCUAUCGAAAAUAACUCUCUCAAUAUUCCGAAAGACUGUCCAUUACCGGGAGAAUUGGAGCCAUUCCCCCACUAUAUAGUUGGUGACGCAGCAUUUCCUCUGCGUCGGUAUUUAAUGAGGCCUUACCCGGGUAGAGCUAUACAACCGGAGCAGGAAUAUUUUAAUAAAAGGCUUUCUCGUGCACUGAUCGAAGCAAAGCAAGCAAAGCCAGCUUGCAUUGGGCCAGCACCUUUAGAGUUUUCAGUUAGUUAUAGACAUUCACCACAGGGACGUAUGCUGCUACACUAUACUGGCAACCCAGUGGGAAAAUGUAAUGUAUAG